GAUAAAACUCCGAGUAGGCACACACAAAUCUAUCCUUCCAUCCUUAAGCGAGCUAGCCGUUCCCGCCGGUCGCCGGUUCCUCCCUCGCUAACCCCUCUCUUUCUUCUCGAUCAUAUACUUAUCCAAUGGGACAGAAGACAACGACCCCUGAAGAGAGAAGAGAGAGAAUGGGUUAGCUCUCUCUUUCAAUCCCCAACCCAAAACCCUAAUUUUUCUCUUCCCACCCUCACCAAAACCCUCAUCUCUCUCCCCCUCUCUCUAAACUCCAUUUAAUUUCAGUAUUUUACGUUGUGUUUCGAUUUUUUGGGGCUGAAAAAAAGUGGUUAAUAGCUGGGGAGAGGAGAGGGAGAGAUGUAUAGAGAAAGAGGUGGUGGAUCGAAAUCGGAGAUGGGACAAGUUGAUCGGAAGAGAAUCAACGAAGCCCUAGACAAGCACUUGGAGCGAUCGUCUCCGUCAACGUCAAAGGGAAUGAACGGCAAGGCGAUUUUAACCGGAAAGUCAAAGCCAGCCCCCGAUCCUAGGGAUUCUCGCUCUGCGUCUCUCGUCGAUAAAAAAUGCUCCGAUGCUGAGGAAUCUGAAACAGACAGUGAGGAGUCGGAUGUUAGUGGUUCUGAUGGCGAUGACACAUCUUGGAUCUCAUGGUUUUGCAAUCUGCGGGGGAAUGAGUUCUUCUGUGAAGUUGAUGAUGAUUACAUCCAAGAUGACUUUAACCUCUGUGGUUUAAGCAGCCAAGUUCCAUAUUAUGAUUAUGCACUUGAUUUGAUUUUGGAUGUUGAAUCCUCUCAUGGUGAUAUGUUUACAGAGGAACAGAAUGAAUUAGUUGAAUCAGCGGCUGAGAUGCUUUAUGGUCUGAUUCAUGUCCGAUACAUAUUAACAACUAAAGGAAUGGCUGCUAUGCUAGAGAAGUACAAGAAUGCAGAGUUCGGGAGAUGCCCAAGAGUUUACUGCUGUGGACAACCCUGCCUUCCUGUUGGUCAGAUGGACAUUCCCCGACAAAACACCGUGAAAAUUUACUGUCCCAAGUGUGAAGAUAUUUACACCCCUCGAUCCAGGUUUCAAGAGAACAUUGAUGGCUCCUAUUUCGGAACAACAUUUCCUAACCUGUUCUUAAUGACUUAUGGGCACCUCAAGCCACAAAAGGCGGCACAGAGCUAUGUACCUAGAGUGUUUGGGUUCAAGGUUCACAAGUAAUGAUGAGUCGCAAGCUGCCUCUUGUGUUCGAAUUUUCAAGCUGUUGUUGUGGUUGGAGCUCCUUUCAUACCUGUUUGAUUUUCAAUUUUCUUGCUUCUGUUAGGAGGUAACUUUUGACAAUACAGCUAAAGUUCAGAGCUCCCCAAGAUAUUGUUUUUCAUAUAUUGUGUGGAAAAUAUCUGAAGAAAGUUACUAGAAUUACUUCUCAAGCUAUUUUUUUCUCGGCAAGUAUCUCAAGGUAGUUUCUCGGUAGUUCAGCCUUGCUGCUUUUUUCCAAGAGCUGCUGUAAACUUCCUUUUCACCUUGCAAGAAGAGAAAAAACUUUCUUUUCUUUUUGUUGGGGCAGUUGAAGUAUGUUGCUAAAUUUCCUCGUAGUAAUGUCUUCUUCUCUAACAUUAUGGUUUUGCAUUGUGGUCGAUGUCUGUUUGUUGCAAGUAGUGACAUCCCACGGUUGUAUUUCACUCUCCAUAGUUUGUAUCGUGUGUUUUUUUUCGCUAAUGUAUUUUUGUCAAUGAUGCUUGUUUUUGUUAAAUUCUUGCAUAUUGAGGAACAAAUGAAGACUGCAAGAA